GUUGCCAAAACUGUCUUAAUAGAUAUUUGAAAUGUUAUUUUAACGGAUAACUGAAUUUUCACGCAUUUUGUUCACUUGGCAGCACUUGUACUAAAAUCCACUAAAUAUUUGCUGUCAAAAAAUCACUUAUUUCUAUUGCGCACACGGUAACUCUGCCGCUCAGCUGUUGUUUGGCACAACGCAAACUGUCAAUUCAUUCAUAAAUUUUGUGCUAAUUUCUUGUUGGCGACAUCCAAGUGGGGGUACUUUGUGCAUUUACAUUCUGGUAUACAGACAAAGCAACUGGAAAUUUUAAACGAAAAAUCAUUAUUUUAGUGGAAAAUUGUUUAAAAAAUGCAAAAAUAUAUACACUAGCCAGAGCAUUUGCUGAAAGUGCAAUCGUUUUGCGUGGAGCAGUGCGACGUGCUGGACUUUUCGACAUUGGCUUUGUUGUUUGCCUGCUCCAGUAAAGCGAGUGUGUGUGUGUGUGCGUGCGUGCUUACUGGGAAAAUUUGCGUGGGCGUUAACUAUUUAUUAAUUUAAUUGCAUUAAAAGUAUAUAAAAAAGUUUUUAGUUUACACACGCUUGUAACCUUUUCACCCUGUACAAGUGCAAGAAAAAGCUAUCAAAAUAAGCCAACGAAAGCGUUUCUACACCUGUAACUCGUUAAUGCUGAAGGCUUUGCUCGGCUCAGAGUCUACAGAUUCGACCGAAGACGCAGGCGGUGGCAACGCAAGUGGUGGCAGUGGCAGUGGCAGCAGUGGCGGAGGAGGUGGUAGUGUUGCAGGCGUUGGCGGUGGCGGGGGAGCCGGCGUUGGUGGUGGUGGGGGUAGCGGCAGUCUAGCAUCGAGUUCUAUUUCGAGCAGCUUGAGCGCUGCAUGCGGCAGUGUCAUUGGUACGCCUGGCAAUUGUAAUCAAACGGUUUGCGGUGGCGUUGUAGUUGGCGGUAAUAGCGGCUUCGUUUGCAGUCUCUCCUCCACCACUGGUUAUUGCAACGUCUGCCACGCAACGGUGGAGAAGUGUCACAGCACGACGGGCAGUCGUAAGAGUCGCAAAAGUUUUUCAACGCGCAGCAAAAUGUCGCAUUCCAAUUCGAGUUCGAUGCGUGGCAGUAGCGGCAGCAGUUGUCGCAGCAGCGGCGCCGUCUGCAUGUACGAUGUCGGCAGCUGUAAGUCAAUAUCGCCGGGUAGUUACAGUUUGAACGCGCUGAAUGUGGACUUUAGCUCCUACACGGCGACACAUCAGUGGUCGAAAAUGCUUGAAUGCGCCGAGUUUGUGGGCGCCAAGCGUAGCAAACAUACUGUGGUGGCGUAUAAGGAUGCAAUGUUCGUGUUUGGCGGUGACAAUGGCAAAACGAUGCUCAACGAUUUGAUACGUUUUGGCGUAAAAGAUAAAUCGUGGGGACGCGCUUGUGCUACCGGUGUGGCGCCAGCGCCGCGUUAUCAUCACUCUGCUGUUGUUUACGGCUGUUCAAUGUUCGUCUUUGGCGGCUACACCGGCGACAUACAUUCGAAUUCAAAUUUAACGAAUAAAAAUGAUUUGUUCGAGUAUAAAUUUCAAACGGCAAUGUGGGUGGAGUGGAAGUUCACCGGACGAGUGCCAGUGCCGCGUUCAGCGCAUGGCGCUGCCGUCUACGAUAAUAAGAUGUGGAUAUAUGCUGGUUAUGAUGGCAAUGCGCGACUGAACGAUAUGUGGACGCUCAAUUUAUUGGGCGAAAACCACCAAUGGGAGGAAGUGGAGCAAAAGGGUGAACGCCCGCCAACUUGUUGUAAUUUUCCCGUCGCCGUUGCGCGCGAUUGCAUGUAUGUCUUCUCCGGCCAAAGUGGGCUGCAGAUCACCAAUUCGCUCUUCGAAUUUCACUUUAAGACCAAAACUUGGCGUCGCAUCUCCAACGAAUCGGUGCUGCGUGGCGCCGCUUCAGCGCCACCUUCACGCCGUUAUGGGCACACUAUGGUGCAUCAUGAUCGCUUCUUAUACGUUUUCGGCGGCUCGGCAGACUCCACCUUGCCCAACGAUCUGCACUGUUACGACUUGGACUCGCAAGUGUGGUCUGUAAUCACACCCGAGCCAAAUUCGGAUGUGCCAUCGGGUCGUGUGUUUCAUGCGAGCGCCGUUAUCGGUGAUGCUAUGUACAUUUUCGGCGGCACUGUUGACAAUAGCGUGCGUCGCGGUGACACCUAUCGCUUUCAAUUCUCCAGCUAUCCCAAGUGUACGCUGCGCGAUGAUUACGGCAAAUUCUUUCACGAUAAACAAUUCUGCGAUAUACAAUUUAUUGUUGGUGCGGAGGAGAUCAAAAUUUUAGCGCAUAUCGCUUUUGUGGCAGCGCGUUCGAAGCAUUUGCGCACGAAAAUCUUGGCGGCACGUGAAGCGCGUCAACAGCAAAUGGAGAAGGUAUUCGGGUCGGCUAUGGAUAUACGUAGCGUUUUGGUUGGUAGCGGUGGCGCUGAUCGUGCGCCAAUGUUGGAGGUGCGUUUGGCGCAGGCCUCACCGGAGGCAUUCGAAAUCAUCUUAAACUACAUAUACACGGAUCGUAUCGACUUGAAGGAGUCGUAUAGCAAAAAUAUCAUAAUUCUGAUAACCGAUAUAUACCAGUUGGCGGGUAGAUUUCUAAUGCCGCGCUUGGCGCAAGGUUGCAUACAGUAUUUAGAUUUCAAGAUCAACAAGCAGAAUGUGCUCGAGGCGCUCUACAAUGCGGACAAGAAUAAAAUACAAAUCAUCAAGGAUCACUGCAUGCAAUUCAUUAUAAAGGAUGAGAAUUACGCGGAUGUCGUGCUGUCGAGUGAAUUUGGUGAUUUAGACAAGUCGCUAAUCGUUGAAAUUGUACGUCGGCGCUUAAAUCCGGGCAAAAUAAUUAUGGAGAAUAAUUUUGAGAAGAGUGAUGGCACCACUCUCGAGAGUGAUAUGGCGGUCUUUCUGGAGUCGACGGGCAAAGAAUUUUGCGACAUCAAUCUCAUACUUGACGGGCAAGUGAUACCAGCGCACAAAUCUAUACUCUCCGCACGCUGCACCUACUUCCAAGGCAUGUUUCGUUCUUUUAUGCCGCCCGAUAAUACUGUGAAUAUACAAAUCGGUGAGAUUUCGCCCUCACAAGAAGCUUUCCAAUCGCUGCUGCGCUACAUUUACUAUGGUGAAACGAAAAUGCCUCCACAGGAUGCAUUGUAUCUCUUUCAAGCGCCUUGCUUUUACGGUCUGUCCAACAAUCGUUUAGCCGCCUUCUGUAAAUACUCGCUCGAGCAUAAUAUAACGUAUGAGAAUGUCUUGCAGACGCUCGAGGCAUCGGACAUCACGAAAAUCUACGAUAUUAAAGAUUAUGCCUUGCGUUUGAUAGUGAAGGAAUUUACGAAAGUGGCGCGUUUGCCGAAAAUCGGCGCACUCUCACGUGAACUGCUCCUCGAGAUAAUACGCGCUGUGGCCGAUUCGCAAAGCGAGUUUCUGACACGCAUCAGUCUCAAUACUGAUAUCUGAAAUUUGGUCCUGCUAUGGCCGGCAUUACAAUUGCUUUUGGCUUGGCUGCAGAUUGUCGGCGGUGGGCGUGGUGGCAUGACGGAAGCGCCAGACGGUGCCAAUGGUGUUAACGCUAGUGCAGUUUGUGUUGAGUGCGAGUGCGCGUGUGUGUGUGAGUUUGAAUGCGAGGAGGAGGAGAAGUGAUAUGCGCGUUGUUGGCGUAAACCAAAAAAAAAAAUAAAAAAAACAACAACAACGACAAAGCAAUUAGCACACGUUAGCAAUUUGUAAAAAGUCGUAAAUGUCUAGGUUUAAUUUUUUUUUAUAAAUUUUAUGCAACGUUUUGCACUUAUUGCACACAUUAGCGGCGCUCUUUAGUGUCAAAGCUGGCGUUAGCUAUGCAGCUUAGCAAAAACAAAUACAAAAAAAAGCAAA